UAUUUCCCAUUCGGUGGGGGUUCUGGACGGGGCUGCGCCGUCCCUGCGAGGCAGCGGGAGCCGGGUGGGCCCGGGAGCGGAUGAUGCUGGGGCCCCGGGAGGAGCCGGGACGGGGCUGAGAUGCGCCGGCCCCGCCGCAGCUGAACGAGUUAAGCAGGGAUGGACAUGUGGAGCAGUUUAUGUAUCUAGAAGGGGAUUCAAGGGACAUCCCUGAGAGCCUGAUGAAACAUUCAUGGAGGUAACAUAAUCCAUGGAUCAAAUGGGAAAGAUGUGGAACAACUUCAAAUACAGAUGCCAGAAUCUCUUCAAUCAUGAAGGUGGAAACCGAAAUGAAAACAUAGAUGUAGACUCCACUCGAUGUUCAUCUGUUAAAGACAGAAGUAUCCAUGUACCCGAUUUGGCUCCGCAGCAACCAAGCAGCCCUUUAAGAGAGAACAUUGCCUUACAACUGGGUUUAAGUCCUUCAAAGAAUUCAGUGAGGAGAAAUCAGAAUUGUGUCACUGACAUCCCUCAGAUUGUCGAAAUAAGCAUUGAGAAAGAUAAUGACUCGUGUGUUGCCACAGGAACGAGAGUUGCACAAAGGGAUUCCUACUCUCGGCAUGCUCCUUGGGGUGGGAAGAAGAAACAUUCCUGUUCUACGAAAACCCAAAGCUCCUUGGAUAAUGAUAAAAGAUUUGGUCGAACACGAAGCGGCUUGCAAAGGCGGGAGCGAAGAUAUGGUGUGAGCUCCGUUCAUGAUACGGACAGCGUAUCAAACAGGACUGUAGGUAGCCGUACUCUGCGACAGCGGCUUCAGGAUACCGUUGGGUUAUGUUUUCCCAUGAGAACUUAUAGCAAACAGUCCAAACCUCUCUUUUCUAAUAAAAGAAAGAUUCAUCUCUCUGAAUUAAUGCUUGAGAAAUGUCCUUUCCCUGCUGGAUCUGAUCUUGCCCAAAAGUGGCAUCUGAUUAAGCAACAUACAGCUCCUGUGAGCCCUCAUUCAACUUUUUUUGAUACAUUUGAUCCUUCCUUGAUUUCUGCAGAAGAUGAAGAAGACCGACUUAGAGAGAGACGUAGGCUUAGUAUUGAAGAAGGGGUUGAUCCCCCUCCUAAUGCCCAAAUACAUACUUUUGAAGCUACAGCACAGGUUAAUCCAUUAUAUAAACUGGGACCAAAGUUAGCCCCGGGCAUGACUGAGCUGACUGGGGACAAUAGUGCAACACUACAGGGAAACUGUGAUUCUGAAGAGGACACAACAACCCUCUGCUUGCAGUCACGCAGGCAAAAGCAACGUCAGGUAUCUGGAGAGAGCCAUGGCCAUAGCAGCAGACAAGGGGCUUGGAAAGUACAUACUCAGAUUGAUUACAUACACUGCCUUGUGCCAGACUUACUUCAAAUAACAGGUAACCCAUGUUAUUGGGGUGUGAUGGACCGUUAUGAGGCAGAGGCACUUCUGGAAGGCAAACCUGAAGGCACUUUUUUGCUCAGGGAUUCUGCACAAGAGGACUACCUCUUCUCUGUGAGCUUCCGUCGUUACAACAGAUCCCUCCAUGCACGUAUUGAGCAAUGGAAUCACAAUUUUAGUUUUGAUGCUCAUGAUCCCUGUGUAUUUCACUCCUCCACUGUUACAGGACUUCUAGAACACUAUAAAGACCCUAGUUCUUGCAUGUUUUUUGAACCAUUACUUACUGUAUCUCUGAACAGGACUUUUCCUUUUAGUCUGCAGUAUAUCUGCCGGGCAGUAAUCUGCAGGUGCACUACGUAUGAUGGAAUUGAUGGCCUCCCUUUACCAUCAAUGUUGCAAGACUUUCUAAAGGAAUAUCACUAUAAACAAAAAGUCAGGGUGCGAUGGUUGGAACGGGAACCUAUUAAGACAAAGUAAACAGAAUCUAGAGUCCCCAGUAGGCUUACUAGGUUAUGCAUAUUUUUUUGUGCAUUAGUUUAACUCAGCAAGCACAUCAGCUUUUUUGCAAUACCGUAUUUAAUCUUGAUGUUUAGUAUCAUGUCAGAUGCUGUCUGCCGUUACAUAAAUCAAGUUGUGAUGCCUCUUGAAACAAUAAGCAGAGACAAAGCGACGUGUCUUUCAUUAAGACGUACGUAAAAAUUAUUUGCUAACUUCUAAAUGUUUUCCUUUUCCUUUUUUGUAACUGUAGUAAUUGGAUGAAGCAACUAUGGGGCAUUUCAUCUAAUGCUAAAGAACAAAAAUAAUUUUUUUUUAUUGGUUGAACAUUUUAAUGAUUUGAGUAGUGUUAAAAAUUUUCAACAAAAUCUUUCCUCCUUUGAAAAGUUUAAUUAUUCCUUUCAAACAAGUUUCCAAAUGUUAAUAAAUAAAACAUUUCAAAAUGCAUUUUUUUUAGCUGCAUGGGAAUCCUGUGUUCCAUUAAGAGUUUUUUUUAUACUAAAAAUCAAUCACAGUUAGUGCACCAGGUUUCCUAAAGAUGAGGGCUUGAAUAUGUCUGAUCAGAAGUGGACUUCUAUUUAAAACAUUCAUGGGUUUAAGUGAUAUUAUUAGCAAGAUUAAUACUAUCUUGGACCGACAGUUAAAUACCUGCUAUUUGAAAUUUAAAAAAAAUGAAAACUUGCUUGAAUUUGAUUAUUGCCAUUAGUUAACCAGUCUGUAAACUUUGCUAAAAACUAAAUAUAAGAAUUAGUGACCUGACAGCUACCUGUCACAGUUGCAAAUGAUGAUGAGAAAUGUUAAUUUAAAACACUAUUUAACAUUGUUUAUGCUGAAAGUGUUCAUAGCUGAAUUAUAACUUAAAUACCAUUUCUAAAAAAAUAAAUAGCACGUUUCAAAGGUACUAUUUUUAUUCAUAAAUAACAUUUUUCCAUUUAGCACCUUUUCGUGAUAUUUAGACUAUGUGCUGAUACCGUUCAAACAAACUACUUAGAAUUGAAAUUCUAAGUUUGAUUCCAUUAUUUAAUAUUGGACGGAAGUUUCCAAUAUUAAAUAAGUGAAUCAAACUUAUUUUAAUCAAACCAUUUCCAACUGUUCUGUCCUUGACAUUUUUGCACUAAAAUGGUUUUGGAAUCUCCAGUCACCUUUUUAAAUGUAUUUUGUACCACUUAAGUGCUCCCUAGUUUCUUUAUCAGCUGCUACAGUAUGUUGUUACUUUUCUAUGGCAGUGACUGUGAGAGUUAGGAAACCUUUUGGCUGCAAAUACAAGAAAAUUUAUUCUUGUAUGCAACACUAACCCUUCUAUCAGUGUAUUUUUCUGCUUGCUGUGCCUUGUUAUGGCUUUUUUGUGCUAAUAAAGUACAGUAUGUUCAGUGUUAUACUUGUAUAUCUGAUCUGUUUUAUAUUUGCAUAGCUUCUCUUGUAGUAGUUAACUGAAUUUUUUUAAUAGCCUUUACCUAGUACAUAUUGUAGAUGAUGCACAAGUACAUGCAGUUAAAUAUUGGUUCAUCUUUGACUCUGUUAGGUGACUUUUCAGAAUCCUAACAAUGUUUCUAUAGUCACUGCAAAAUAAUAGACUGGCUGAAGUUCAAGUAUUUACAACAUAAAAGAUAAGUGAUAGAAAAACAAGGUUUUUUCAGAAGUGUUAUUGAUCCCCUGUAGUAGUUGCAGAUGCUGUCUCAGCCAAUUAUAGUUGAUUACUAAAUUAACUGAAUAUUUUGAUUAUUCCUCGCUAAAUCAGGAAUAGCUAUUGAGUGCUGCAAAUUGACAGUACAUCAGUAUCACCGAGACCACUUUUUGAUAAACGCACAUACAUACAAAAUGCCCCAACCAUAUUUUUACCAAAGAAUGCUGUUAAUGUCUUCAUUUCUUCAGCAAAGUUAGGGUGGAGGAUGGGAUUUCUGUUGUAUCAAAUAUUUAUCCCCAACUAAGAUUAAACCAAAGUAUUUGAGAACUUCAUCUGAACUUGUUAAAGUAUUGUAUGCAAUUACGUUGAUGGAGCAUAAAAAUUGUGUACUAGUAAGUUCAUCGUUUUUGUGAAUUGACAAUGCACAUGCAAAUAGAUAAGUAAAUGAUUAAAACAGUUUUGUAAUGACUGAAAGAAUGCUGCGUAAAAUCAUAUUGAAAGGAGCUAAUUUGAAAUACCCAGAAAGUACUUUAAAAUGUGUUUAUGCUUGUGGAAAACUGUUCCCAUUAUGCAUUUUUUGUAGUAGCUAAUAUGCUUUCAUAUGUUAAACUUCAACUGUUAAAAUGAAACUUUGUUUGAACAUGUAAAUACUUCUCACUAAGGUUAUGUAAGCAUGUGUACAAAUGUGCUAAGUCACUUACGUUCUGAGUCGUGUGUAUCAAUGAAUAUGCAACUUUUGGUUUAAAAUCUGCUCUAAGACUAACUGCUUACAUUAAACAAAAAAUCACCAGCAUGAAAUUUCA